UAUAAAAUCUAUAAAAUCUUAGACAUUUUAGAAGUGUUAUAUUGGAAAGCCUUAAGAGAUAGAUUCACAGAUAGAAAGAAGGGGAGUUGUUACUUCCUGUGUCACAUACCUCCCAUGGAUAGCAUCCAUAAUGUCAAUAAUAUAUCAAAAGUUACCAAAUCCAAAGGAUAGUAACCGUUCAAGAGGCGGUUGCAUGAGAUGCAAGAAACUCAAGAUAACAUGUGAUAACUCAAAACUGAAAUGUGAGCACUGUGAACUUUCCAUCAACGAUUGUGUAUAUCAAUCUACAAAUUUCAUAAAUUCUCAGUAUAACCGACUACUUGACCAACAACAGGAACAGUUAAUACAUACUACCCCAACAAAUGUUAUUGUAUUGAAUACAUUAGUGCAGAGAUAUAGUCAUCAGUUUGAUACUCAGUUACGCGUCAAUAAUGGUAGUGGUCAAUUAGGAAUAUCCAAAUUUGAACUCCGAUUAUUAGACUUUUUUAAUAAUUAUUGUAUUUAUGGGUUUUCCUAUGAACCCAAUGAUGAAAUUCACUAUAUCUGGACCAAUAAGGUGCCUUCAUUAUUCAUGAAGAGCCAAUUAAUACGAAAUAGUAUUUGUGCUUUUUCUUGUUUGAAUUUAUUUCCCUUCAGUGAUGAUUUAAAUAAUUUACGUAUAGAAGAUGAUUCUAGCAGUAGGUUGAAAUUUAAUGAAAGGUUCCAUACGACAACAUCUUCUAAUGAGAGUCAACAGAUUAUAUCAUCCUCCUCAAAUGAUUUAUUAAACAGAAUCACUGAUUAUUUCACCCAUACAUUAUCAGGAACGAAUCAACUACUUGAAAAUUUACAAAAUCAGAACGCGUUCGAUAAAGAUAUAUUGGCUAAUGAGUUUAUAAUAUCAAGCAUCAUGAUGUUCAUGUUUUUGGCAACACACCAUCACAAAAUCAUGCCGUUGGUCAGUUUCAAUAAAUCAGAAUCAGAUUUUUUAUCUAUAUGUGAAAGUAUCAGAAAUGUGAUAGCAAACCUUGAUUCAAUAAUUCAAAUUAACGUGUUUAAACAAAUAUUUCUAUUCCCAAUAAAUUUAAAUGUACCGAAUCUUGAAGAAAGUGUAAUACCAAUCAUUGUUAGACUCCAACUAGAUUUGGAAUCUGAAUAUGAUACUACCAACUUUUCAUCGACAUCCUUACACGAAUACAACACGUUAUACCAUGCUCUAGAAACGUUACAGGUAACGAUAUAUAAAGCGAUAUCGUAUGGGUAUCCGAUUCCAAUAUAUAGAUGGGUAUUAAUACUUUCAAAUGAUUAUCAUGAUCUAAUCUAUGAUGAAUCUUCAUUUGCUUUGAGGUUGUUAUACGUCUUUGCAAGUUUAGCAUCAUUAACCAAUUUCCAGUUAUUUAAAGAGGUAAAUUUAUGGGUUGAUUAUAUGAAUUGGUAUAAAGCUUACAAUUAUCGAAUGUACGGAGAAUGGAAAUACAGUAUGGAUAAAUCACUAUAUCUCCUAACUUUUGAUCAAGAGUUCACUCUUAUGGGCAAUAGAGAAAUAAACUUGAUGAAUUUUGAUCCUGAUUUUUUAGUACAAGAUUUGUAGACUUAUAUAUCAUAUUUUAUUGUUAUUAUAAUACUGCAUCUAUAAUGGUUAAACUUUAUAGUUCGUAGACACCACUUUUAGGGGUUGGAAAUGUUUCUUAUCCCGUAUGUUUAACAACAUUAAUAAUUGAUGCAAAUUUAAACUCGCGUCUGUAAAGGUCAUUCUUCUUCUGUCAAAAUCUAAGCCCGAUAUACGGAGAAAACUAAAAUCAUCAAAACUUCAAAUUGAAAAUGAAACAUCUACAAAUAGUAUGGUCUAAGGCAUAGAUAGUUUGUAUAGUCAGUUAACGUUCGAUACUCAUGAAUAACAAUAAUACACCAAAUCCAAAAUCUAAAAGAAUUAGAUCUAAAGAGGUGGAUGUCUCAGUUGCAAAAAGCUAAGAA